GCGGGCGGCGGGCGCUGCUGCGGGGCUGCUGGCGGAGAAACGAAUGACCACGAGGUCAAGGGGGCAGCCCCGGGGCCGGAGGUGCCGGAACCCUGCCCUGCCUCUGCGCCGCCUGGAAACUGUUAAGCAAAGGGGGAGUCGCGUGGCUGCAGAGCGCUUGGGGCCAGGAAGGAGCCAGAAUGGCCUGGGCUCUGAAGCUGCCUCUGGCCGAUGAAGUGAUUGAAUCCGGGCUGGUGCAGGACUUUGAUGCUAGUCUGUCUGGGAUCGGCCAGGAACUGGGUGCUGGUGCCUAUAGCAUGAGUGAUGUCCUCGCAUUGCCCAUUUUCAAGCAAGAAGAGUCAAGUUUGCCUCCUGAUAAUGAGAAUAAAAUCCUACCUUUUCAAUAUGUGCUUUGUGCUGCUACCUCGCCAGCAGUGAAAUUACAUGAUGAAACCCUAACAUAUCUCAAUCAAGGACAGUCCUAUGAAAUUCGAAUGCUAGAUAAUAGGAAGCUUGGAGAACUUCCAGAAAUUAAUGGCAAGUUAGUGAAGAGUAUAUUCCGAGUAGUUUUCCAUGACAGACGGCUACAGUACACAGAACACCAGCAACUGGAGGGCUGGAGAUGGAACCGACCCGGAGACAGGAUCCUUGACAUAGAUAUCCCCAUGUCUGUGGGUAUAAUCGAUCCGAGAGCUAAUCCAACACAACUAAACACAGUGGAGUUCCUGUGGGACCCUGCAAAAAGGACAUCUGUAUUUAUUCAGGUGCACUGCAUCAGCACGGAGUUCACCAUGAGGAAACAUGGUGGGGAAAAGGGAGUGCCUUUCCGAGUACAGAUUGAUACCUUCAAGGAGAAUGAGAAUGGGGAAUAUACUGAGCACUUACACUCAGCCAGCUGCCAGAUCAAAGUCUUCAAGCCCAAAGGUGCAGACAGAAAGCAAAAAACAGAUAGGGAGAAAAUGGAGAAACGAACUCCUCACGAAAAGGAGAAAUAUCAACCUUCCUAUGAGACAACUAUACUCACAGAGUGUUCUCCAUGGCCUGAGAUCACAUAUGUCAAUAAUUCCCCAUCACCUGGAUUUAAUAGUUCCCAUAGCAGUUUUUCUCUUGGAGAAGGAAAUGGUUCACCAAACCACCAGCCAGAGCCACCCCCUCCAGUCACAGAUAACCUCUUGCCAACAACCACACCUCAGGAAGCUCAACAGUGGUUGCAUCGAAACCGGUUUUCUACCUUCACAAGGCUUUUUACAAACUUCUCAGGAGCAGAUUUAUUGAAACUAACUAGAGAUGAUGUAAUUCAGAUCUGUGGUCCUGCGGAUGGAAUCAGACUUUUUAAUGCAUUAAAAGGCCGGAUGGUGCGGCCACGACUGACCAUUUAUGUUUGUCAAGAGUCCUUGCAGUUGAGGGAGCAGCAGCAACAGCAGCAGCAACAGCAGCAGAAGCAUGAGGAUGGAGACUCAAAUGGUACUUUCUUCGUGUAUCAUGCCAUCUAUCUAGAAGAAUUGACUGCUAUUGAAUUGACAGAGAAAAUUGCACAGCUUUUCAGUAUCUCGCCUCACCAGAUCAGCCAGAUCUACAAGCAGGGGCCAACAGGAAUCCAUGUGCUCAUCAGUGAUGAGAUGAUACAAAACUUUCAGGAAGAAGCUUGUUUUAUUCUGGACACAAUGAAAGCAGAAACCAAUGAUAGCUAUCAUAUCAUACUGAAGUAGUUGUGGGGCCUUCAAUCCUCAGUGACUUCUGCUUCCUUCACCUCUUGGAAACUUCCCUCUCUUGGAAGGGGUGAAAAUGGAAAUAUGAAGGUCUGCAGGAACCUGACUCAUCUGACUGUGUGGGGAGUCCAGGCGGUGGAGGCAGAAUCCCAGCCAUUUGUGUUGAUGCACGCUCUUGUAGCACACAGAUUACUGCCCAACAUGCAUUUCUGCAGCUAUUUCUUGGUUAAAAUUUCUGGACCCUGUCAUUGUUGAAUAUUAUUAGAAACUACAUACCAUCUAGGCUGUAUGUAGGGCGUGAUAAUGAGAAUUGUGUGAUGUUUAAUGGAAAGAUGUUAAAUUUUUGUAAUAUGGAGCCAUGUAAUUUUUUCUAAUAUAAAAGUGAACACCUAUAUUCCUAAGACUAGAUCCUCAAUCUCUUUUUGCAUCACACUUAGUGGCUUUUUGCCACAAUUGGGCCCUGAAAACCUCAUGAAAGGAAAAAUUUGUUCCCCUUUAAUAUUUUAGCUUACAUUUAUUGAGCAUUUACUUGUGCCGAACAGAUCAAUUCUUUAAAUGGAUUAUCUUGUUUAAAUCUCAAUAACCCCAGAUUAAGUAGGUAAUGUUGAUCCCUAAUUGAAGAUAAGGGACUAGAGACACAUAGUGGCUAAGUUCUUGCUAAGUAAUAGGUAGGCAACCAGGAGGUAGUGGCACUGAAAUCCAAACCCAGGCUGUCCGGCUCUUGAUAACCACCACCCUUCACUGCAGCCCCCCUGCUUGCCAUCCUUUCUUACUGUGGCUCUUCUUGUGAACAGGCGAUAACUGAUAAAAAUUGAGAAAUCAACCACUGAAAGGGAUAAACCUAGUGAUGAAUGCAUCAAAGGCGACACAAAAUAAAAGCGUAGAUGCUUUUUAAGCAUCAUCAGUCAUCUGAUUUAUAGAAUCUGAGGUGGUGAAAACUAGGGAUUAUUUGUAACUCCUAAAAUUCAUUGUUCUUGAAUGAUAUCAAACUAUUGAGUUUGGCUAACAUCUGCUUUCUGAUUAUACGUUCUACAUCUUACUUCUUGCAGUGUUCUUUUAUAUAAGCAUUACAAGAAGUUCAUUCCAAUCCCAUUCAUACUUUUAGAUAUUUUAAAUUUUUUCUUUAGAGAGAGAGAGAAUGUGCGUGUGUGUGUGUGUGUGUGUGUAAAAGACUAGGGGUCCUCUUUUUUUUUUUCAUAUGUACAGUUUUAUCCAGAAAUCUCUUUACACAUUAUGUUGAAGUGAAAAAAGAUAAUGUUCGGAGAUUCUGUAUUGGGCUUGGAUGUGUGUGUGUUUAAAGCAUUUGAUGAAGUUUAAAUGUUUUUAUACAGAGAUUUUUGUUCAUUAAAAUCAACCGGCAAUAUGGUCUGAUUUCUUUCAGUUUGAAACAAAUUGAAAACUUUGAAACCAGAAAAUCAAGUCAAAUGACCUGGGCAACUUGACACAUAGGCCAAAAUACUUUUUUAGGGAAUGAUUACCAGAUGUCCCAGCUGUGGGGGGAUAUUUCUAGUUGUGUUAUGUUUUUAGGACUGGUUCUCUGCUUCAGGGAAGUCAGUUCUCUUCUUAGCAGGCUGCUACUGGGUUGGGUUUUUUUUCUUCUUAUUCUAUCUGAAUGCUAGGCUGAGAGGAUUUGACUAGAUCACUGUUAAGGUCCCUUCUAAAUUUGAAACUGGCUCUUGUUUACUGCAAAUGAUACACACAGUGCUAUUAAUAUAUUUACUAUAAAUUAUACUUACUAAGUUUUACUUGGAGUUGGGUUUUUUUAAGAGUAAUCUUCAAAUUGAUAGAGAUGUAUUUAUAUGACUUUGUAAUUACAGAUCCUUAAGUUAUCCAGAAAUUCUCUUAGACUUUCUUUAAUUCUAAAAAGAAUACUUAUAGUGCCAAAGCUGUAUAAUUUAUAAAAAUUGGUAUUGUGUUAGAAUAUUUUGAUUAUUCAACUUUCUUUAAAAAACUGAAUCUUCCUCUCAAGUAAAUGUAAAUUUAAAUUAUCUUUUUCAUUAUGAAAGUAAUACCUAAAGUGAUAGAUUCAAACAAUAAAGAAGGGUAUAACUUUUUCUACUGACCUCCUACUUCUAUUGCAAAAAAUUUAUCCCACUCUCGGGCUCAUGUUACACUAAUGAUCUGCAAGUUUUCUUUUGAAAUUUUGAAUGUCCUCCUAUAUUAGAAUGUAUAGUUAUACAUCAUUCUCUUUUUUAAAAUAACCAUUCCUCAUGGAUGCAAUUUAGGUUAAGUCAUUUUGAACAUGCAUCCUUGUAAGUUUUUUGCUUGUAUCUGUAAAAUAUAUUCCUAGAAGUAAAAUUUGCUAAUUUCAUCUUUUUUAGAAUGUGACAGUUGAUAUUUAAAAUAAAAUACAAAAUACAUGAUUU